AUGAAAAUCAAGCUCUGGAAUACUAUGACUGGCGCUUUACAACUGACUCAAGAAGGUCAUUUGGACUCAGUCCUAACAGUGGUGUUUUCAUCGGAUGGCCAGCUACUCGUAUCGGGCUCCCAUGAUAGAACAGUUAAAAUCUGGGAUGCGACCACUGGUAAUCCACUAUACACUUUGCAUGGUCAUUCUAACAUGAUUUGGUCUGCCGAUUUCUCACAAGACAACCGACUCAUUGCGUCGAGCUCUGUCGAUUGCACAGUGAAGCUUUGGGAGGUUUCCACUGGAGUCCUAAAACAAACCUUUGAAGGGCAUGCAGACCCAGUUCAGGCUGUAGCUUUCUCACCAAACGGCCAAUUUCUGGCAUCAGCCUCCCAUGACAAGACUAUUAAGCUAUGGGAUAUCACUUCCGGGUCCUUGCAAAAGACCCUGGAAGGCCAUUUAAACAGGGUCCGGACUGUUGUGCUCUCGUCUGACGGCCAAUUGCUGGCAUCAGGAUCUCAUGAUAGUACCAUCAAGCUCUGGGACCCACAAAGUGGCACCUUAAAGCGAACGCUUACUGUCACUGGGGCUCCACAAAAGACCCUUGAUGGCCAUCAGAGCUCAGUCUGGACUGUGUCAUUUUUCGCGGACAGUCGAUUAUUAGCAUCCGGUUCUCACGAUGCUGAGGUUAGAAUCUGGGACACCACUAUGGGCACCCUAAGACGGAUACUAGAGAGCCACGUAUUUACAGUCAGUGCUGUGGAAAUAUCACCAGACAGCAAGCUACUAGCAUCAGGUUCAUACGAUAGCACAGCCAAACUAUGGGACGUCGGCACAGCCUUGCAAAGCAAUAUUCUCGAUCAUAAGGAUACCAGCCAGACUAUGAUCGAUCAUUCGGGCACGGUGGGUGUUCUUGCUUUUUCGCCCGACGGUCAGCUACUUGCAUCUGGCGCUAUCGAUGGCAAAGUCAAACUCUGGAAUGUCCCUACUGGAGAGCUAAUACAGACUUUAGAGGGGCAUUCGAGUUUCAUUUUUGCUCUUGCUUUCUCACCGGACGGUUGUCUUCUCGCAUCCGGCUCUCAGGACACUACGAUUACCCUUUGGGACACUAGCACUGGAACUCUGCAACACACUCUCAAGGACCAUUUGGACCCCAUCGGAGAGGUAUCGUUUUCGCUGGAUGGCCAACUCCUAACCUCAGCCUCUAGCGAUCAAACGGUCCAAAUCUGGAGCCCUACUACUGGAGCCUUGGAAGAAGACCUCUCGGUUGAAGGGCCGAUUUCUCACAUGGAGUUCUCAAAUCACGGUGUCCUAGAAACGAAUAUGGGACCUUUACAUAUCCAGUCUUUUCACAGCAAUAGUCCCGUCGUCAAGACCUCCAUUAAAGACAGCAUACAUAUAGAAGGGAACUGGAUAGCCAUCGAUGGUGUCAAGGCUCUAUGGCUGCCUACAGAAUGUCGACCGUCUUGCUCCGCAGUGAAAGGGCGAGUAGUUGCUUUGGGCCACACAUCGGGAAAUGUCUCUCCGAUGGAAUUCCAUACAGUUUAA